AUGGCGUCGGAGACUGCCGCGCUGUAUGAGCGCAUCCUGUCGCUGGUACCAAAGGACGAGCUGUCAGGCGGCUACAAUGCCGUCCUACGUGACGAAAUCUCAUCCGUGAACCGCGCAAUGAACGACGUUUCAGCUGCGUUUGCUAAGCUGGAGGAAGUUCGAGACGCAGUGGCCAAGUUGAGCAACGGAGAGGCCGGAAGCCGCAGCGAGAGCUUGGUACAAGCAAUGGACAACACGACAGUGUUGCAGUGCAACUUGAAGCGGAAGCUGAAGUCGGUGCUAGCGGACAUGGCUACAGGUGGACAUACAAGUACGAAGAGAAUGAAGAAGGACGAGUCUGCGGGGGCUUGCUCAAAUGACGGCGGGGAGAAUGCAGCAUCGAUACAGCUGCCCCCCAAACCAACUGUGAAGGUUUUUCUCCAACUGGAUGACGAGGCCGGCAGUGACUCGAACGAUACUACGAAUGCAUCUUGGACAUCCGCUUUGAACACGGAAAACUGCAUAGAUGAGGUGCUGAAGGUGGCCCGACUACCCGUGCUGGUGCGGAGCAGUUGCCUGCCUGCUGUACUGCCCGCAUUGGUGAAAGUGAUGCCCGAGAUUGGCUUGUCAAAUGCCAUCAUUGUCAUGAAAUACGUGGUAUUGUGGGCUCAUCUGAUCUCCGGACAGGAGCGCGCCCUACAAGCGCUCCGCAACUUUUGUGGUGCUGUAUUGGAGUGGAUUAACCAGCUUGAGGAGAGCACCGACGUGCGCGGUCUAAGGAGACUUGGCGAAACGUUGUCCAACGUUGUUGAGCACCAAAUGCUGCAAGUGAGCGAUGAAGCAAAGAGUUACGUGCUCCUCAGUUAUGACCUUUACGUGUGGCACGUAACUGCUAUGGUACCCACGGAAAGAAGGAAGCACGUCGCCCAGGCUUUCAAUGCACUGAGCGAAGCCAUGUCAGCACCCGUUGUUUCUCUGAAGCAGCCGAUCGAGAUAAUCGGAGUGUUCAGGUCGAUCGUGAAGUGGGCUCGAGAUGAUCCUCGCGACUCAGAGCUUCUCGAGCUGUAUGACAGUCUCACUGCGGUUUCGAAAUCUUACGCCGACAAGUUAUCGAACCUUAGACGCAGAGUGGAGCUGUCACGUGAAAUCCGAAAAAUUGAAGCGGCUUUUAGCAAAUUGUUCAAGACAACGGUGCAAGAGAGAGCAGCAGACGUGCUUAGCUCGUGUCGCCAGCUCAAUAGGGAACGCCCCUCGUCGGGAGAUGUCGAUAAGGGCAUUCUAAUGCUGGACGAGGUGAUUCAGCACCGGGAAGCAGGCUGGAAUCCACGGCAAAGUAAAGCUGUGCUCGAAUGCUCCAAAGUACUGACGAAAUGUGCGAUGCUGCUGGAAGUGCGGGGCCCGCGCAUGGCGGAGAUAGCAAGAUGGGGCCUCAAAAAGAAACCUUCAGCAAACUAA